GAAGCCCGCGGAAAACAUGGCGGAGACAUUUUUCGACGUACGCGCUCAGUGAGCAAAUUUCAUUGGAAUGAAUGGGACACCAUCUUUGAACUGUUCUAAUAAUAUAUCCAUGCUUUGAACGCGGUAUCCAGGUCUCCUUAAUACAUCCAUGGCAGAGAGCCACAGAGACAGGACCCGGAUGUUGCAGGUUGCGUACUCGAAAACAUGACAUCAUCCCUGAAGAGUUGUGGCUGCUCAGGCUGCAACACAAAGAGUAUACACAACAUGGGCUCCCAAAUCUGAUAUAAAGCCUGCACAUCUUGUCACAGAUCUGUAUUUGGAGUAAAAAUCUAUCUUGCAUCUUGAGUGCACUAUCCUCUUCUCAUAUAAAGGAUGUUUUGAUGGGGUUUGCAAUUGGAUUGGAUUCAAGAAUUCAAAGGUAUAUUUGUCACAAAAAAGUAAUAUGUGUAAUGCAAUGUGGCGUGCUUCUAAGUUUAUGCUAAAAGAAUAGUGCGAAAAAUAAGAAAUGUAAAAAAUGAUAAAGGAUAAAAAUUCAAGAUAGAAAUUAUAAAUAGAUAGAUAAAAAAAAAGUGCAGAUAUGCAGGGCAGUCCAAAGUAUUCAGUGAAGAAUGCGCUAGACAAGGCCAAGGAUAUAUAGGCCUAGAGAAAUAUGAAAGGAUCAUAUGAAUACAGGUAUUGUAUUCCAGCUGCCAGUACAGUUUUCCUUUCUCAUUCAUUUGUUUGUUGUUAAAAUCAUAACAAGCAGGGCCAUGGCAAGGAUUUUUAGGAAUUCUGAGGUCAUUAGUCCAAUAUUCUUAGCCUUGUUUACUUCUUUGAUUAAAUGAGAACCUUUCUAACUUUACAGUAUAUAUUUUAUGUAGGCAAAGUUUUCUGUUUAACACUGAUGUAUUGAGCAGUGUAAUAUAUUUUGUAAACUGGGGAAAAAAAUGGUCAAAACAUGUUUAUAUUCCCUAAAAUAAGGUAUUGCCUAGGCACCAAUAUUGAUACCCUGCCCUAGUUCUUCAAUAUUUAUUUUUUGUUGGGGUUAAAUAUAUCAAGUCUAAAUACUGGAAUCAGUCUGUAAAUUAACCACCAUGUGUAAGUUUUCAAUUUUAGAAUGUAAACUCUUCUUGGUUGCUAAACCCUCAAAUUCCCCCCAAAAAAUACAGAGGACAUGACCUCAGCAUCCUCAGUGGUAGAUGUUAACAAGCAAUGUCAUUAAUAACCAUGUUAUUGUUCUGUGGUGUUCAGAAUUAGAAAAGGAUUCUCCAAGCCUAUGCUGCAUAAGGUAGCUGUAUGGCCUACACCAAUAAUCAGAGAAAAUUUAAAUUGUAUAUAGAUGCAGUGCCUUUUUCAACAUGAAAUGCACAAUACAUGAGUCUAUACCCUUGAUGAAGAAACACUUUUGUCAACUGGUGAUGAAUAUGACACAACCAGUACUUUACAGACUAAAUGUUUCAUAUUGUCCAAAUAUGCCUUAUGUAAUAAUAAAAUGUUCAUGAUUCUGCUGUAGAACCAUCUGAACCUCUCUUAAUAGAGCCCAGUGUCACAGUCACCAUUUUUAGCGCCUCCUGUUCAUUCUCUUGUGACCUGUGCAUUAUUGCAAUAUUAGAGGCCUUGGACAAAUUUUUCCAUCUCUCUCUUGGUUAUAUGACGCUUUGUAUAUUGCACAGCUGCACAUUUUAACAUAGUGAGGGUGAGCUUGGCUUAAUUUGGUUCUCCAUCUCUGUUCUGAAAGAGAAUUUUGUUUUGAAAUAACGAUCUCUUUUAGAGAACCAACAAAUUGCUGUGUAACACGGUCGUGGUUGAACUUAAUUAUUGCAAAAAGCUGACAUCCACCACAGAGAAAAAAAGGACGGUUUCCCGAAACCUCAAGAGGGCACAAUCAAAUGACCACACAGCAAACCUGAGGCUGAAGGUGUUCAAAUGUAUUUUACGUCAGAAAGUAGACGAAAAUCCACUGGAUGACCCUGUUAAUCGUCAUUUGUUGAUUAAAGUUUUUUUUUAAAGUUUAAAACAAUAUUGAACGUCAUUCAUACCAUUAAUUUUAAUGUAUCUUUAUCUUCGGCUGGGGCUUCUUCCAAAAUUGACAAGCGCCGAGCAUUAAUUUUGAAAAUAUCCGAGCGGAAGUGACGUCUAUAUUCGUUACCUGCAGUUUUGUUUUGGUUGAGGCCUGAUUACACAGUAGUAGCUACUUCACUUAAGUCAUAAGUCUAUUCACUCGUUUUCAGCAAUGGACUGUUGCAUUGUAGCUGCACUGUGGUGUUUUAUACCACUUUAUUUACUUAUUCACUUCCUGUGUUUCAUUUUUGCGGAUGCGGACUUCACUCUGCUGUGGGCGAGUCUGUUGGGACACAGGCCAGAGAAAAAGCUGAAAGGGCUGGUGGCAUGGGUCACUGGAGCCUCCAGUGGGAUUGGGGAGGAGCUGGCCUACCAGCUAGCAAGGUGUGGGUCACGUCUCAUCCUGUCUGCUCGACGUGAGGAUGAGCUAAAUAGGGUGAAACGUCAAUGUUUAGAGUGCUCCGACCUCCAGGAUGAAGAUAUUCUUGUUCUUCCACUUGAUUUGUUGGAGAGGACAUCGCAUGAGGAAAAAACAAAAGCCGUGAUCCAGUACUUUGGACAUAUUGAUAUCCUAAUCAACAAUGGCGGCCGAAGCCAGCGCUCUCUGUGCAUGGAGACCAGUGUUGAUGUGUAUCAGGCCUUGAUGGAGCUCAACUUCCUGGGUACGGUCUCCAUCACCAAGCAGGUGCUGCCUCACAUGACGAAGCAAGGCACUGGAAGCAUUGUGACUGUCAGCAGCAUUGUUGGCCUCGCUGGGGCGCCCCUGGCAACAGGAUACUCUGCCAGCAAACAUGCUCUUCAGGGUUUCUUUAAUUCCCUCCGGACUGAGCUGACUGACUUUCCAAACAUACUCAUCAGCACAGUGUGUCCAGGGCCUGUGCAAUCACAGAUUGUCCACAAUGCCUUCACAGAGGAACUGAACAAGCCUGUGGCCACAGCUGGUAACCAGGAAUACAAGAUGCCAACAAGUCGCUGUGUACGUUUAAUGCUGGUGGGAAUUGCCAAUGGUGUCAAGGAAAUGUGGAUCGCACAACAGCCCUUCCUCCUGUUUUACUACGCCUGGCAGUACGCUCCCACAUUUGCCUGGUUCAUCACAAACAUGUUGGGCAGAAAAAGGGUGCAGAAUUUCAAAGCUGGUCUGGAUGCAGACUCUGCAUACUUCACUAAGCCCAAGACCUCCUGAAAGUCACAUCCUCAAGAGGAAACAUGUUUAUUGCAUUCCUAAUGUUCGACCUGGAAAGUGAUGUGGGAUUUUCCUGCAAUAUUAUGGGGUCUCUUUGCGUUCAUCUAGAAGGAAAACGUUUAAAGACCCUUUAAGCUCAGCUUUGAAAGCUCAGAGCUCUCUUCCCAGGGCAUGGCAGGGUCUCACAAAAAUGGGUUAAUUUUAUUUUCAAAGGUUAAGUAAAUCCUAUAUUUUACUGUCUUGUAACAAGCAUCUUCAGAUUAUCUGAACUUCUGGUCAAGAGCCUACAUGAAUUUAUAACAUAAGGAUGAUGGAUUCCAUGUAGGAAUGAAGCACUUGCCCUAACCUUUUGAAUGCCUAAUAAAAUUUUGUUUGGAUCAA